CGCAAAGGCUUGUUAUAUACUACUUUAAACUGCACGCCCUCACCACAUUAUUCACGACUAUUAUACUUGAGGCUCGAGUUCGGCUGCUGCGGGCGUGUUUUCCUUGGCUGGACAUCUGGAGGCGCCGAUUUCAGUUCCUGCUGCAUUCUCGAACCCACUGCAGGCCGAGCGUUUCGAGCUCCAAACACAACAUGCUGUCGACGAAGCCUUCUAUCGCCAGGACCAGCGUGAUGGCCCGGAGCCCAGCGCCUGUUCGCCUGGUGGCGGGCUCGCGAGUCACCUGCAGCGCCGCCUCCACACCCACUGCCUGGGACAGCUGGUCGUCCUAUAUCUCCAAGCACCGGGCCGACUCGGCUUCAGCACCCGUGACCAAGGCUGAAAAGGAUUACGGCCGUGACAUUGCGGCGGCCAUCAAGUCUACCGCUGGUGCUUUUAAGCCGAAGUACACCUCAAGCUCGGCUGGCAGCGGUGGCAGCGGCCACUCCGGAAUCGCGGACUUCAAGCUGAGCCACGUGGGCAACGUGAACCUGGCCGAGCUGCGCGACCUGCAUGAGCGCCUGGAGGCCAUCGCCUGCGUGCAGCUCAAGCAGGCACUGGGCAAGCCUGAGUCUGCGGAGCUGGACGCCGCCUCCAUCUCCUUCACCACCACCGACGUGGACGCGGCGCUGUGCGUGUCGGGUGUCACGCUGCAGCAGGGUCUGGAUAAGACGGCGCUGAUUGCGUUCGUGGCCACCGAGACCGAGCGCCAGGCCUCCUGGUCGCGGCUGGAGGGCCUCAUCCUGCACUGGGGCGCGACCGACUCCGCGGGCGGCGCCUGGGGACUGCCGCCGCAGGGCUGGGCCGCCUCGCCCAACAAGGUCACUGACGCGGGCGGUGCCUGGCAGUGCGGCUUUGAGAAGCAGAAUGUCAGCGGUCCUGAGGGGAACGCCGCAGUCUACGUGCUGCUGCUGCAGGUACCGUUGCGCGGCAUCCUCAAGUCGGGCGGCCUGGUGUACGUGCUCAAGGCCACGGCCGGCCAGAACACGCGCUGGCUCAAGGACGAGGCCACCAAGAAGGACUUCUUCCUGGACACCACCCGACUGCCUGUCAUCAAAGUCUAGGUUCAAAUGCUCUGCACCGGGCUUAUUGCUUGUAGGCAGGCAGCUGAGGCAGUUCAAGGCUGCAAGUGUCUGGCUAAAACGGUGUGUGGCAGAGCGACUGUAGGCUAAGGGCAUUCUUCGUUUGUGUUAUUAGACCGUGUGGCACUUGGGUCCACGAUGGUUGAAAUCAUAGGUCCAGGUUGUGAGUAACCGACGUAUGACCACCUACACAGUGCACGGCACAUGUGUAGGUUUCCUUUCAGGUAACAUUGAUUGUCGACAAGCAGUCAUGAUAGUUGGCAAGCGUGGCAUUGGAUAUGCCGACGCAGUACAUGUGGGGCUCCGAGCGCGCCAUGCGGCGCCAUGUUACCGGCAACAGAACGCUCUUGACUCCUGUCUUGCUCUGUCCAUGGCCGUCACCUUGCAUGUAACUUCUUUCGCUA